ACUCGUAAAGCAAGUCAUCAUUCUCGAGUCAGUCCUCGCAAAGUCCACUACAAUGUCGUCCGUAUCCAUGAUUGUUUUGUGCGCUUCUGCGCUUUUCGUCCAGACCAUCUCUGCUGAGUGCUCACGUGCCCCUGCUUGGGAUGCGUGGAAACCAGCGCCGGCCCCCAUCGCCUGGGCUCCCAGCUGCAGCGCGGGUGACUACAGCAACAUCAUCGGAUCUAACUUGGCAUCUGCUAGCGGCGGCGGCUUCGGUGUGAUCUCCUCCUCCCUCUACGCACCUAGCGGUCUCACCGUGCUGUCCGAAAACGACAUAUCAGGCAUGCUUGAUGCGUCCGGUAGCCUCCCAGUACUCGCCGCCGUCGCUCUAGAGGGCUCGUUACCAACCAGCGGUUCAGCUGGAGCCACCUACAGCUGCGGAAAUGAACUGGUGGGUAUCGAUAGCGACAGCAUCGCCGCUGCUGGCAUCGACGCUGCGGGCUACAGCGCCGGCUACGGCUCUGCUUUUGGACCAAAAGCCUUUGGUCCCCGUGCUUACCCUGCUCCCUCGUUCAAAGCUGCUCCCUGUGGAUGUUACUGAAAAAAUACAAUAAUAAGUAAACACAAAACAGAAAGAAAUAAACUUUUAACCAUCGCA